AAUUCCCGUGAUGAUGAUGACUCAUCAUCUAAUCGAGUCAAAAUUGGCAAUGCCAUUCUAUAUAUUUUCACUGGUCUGUUGAAUUUGAUAUCGAUCGUCGCCAAACAUCUUGGAUAACGCACCGGCACAGCCAUGGCUUGGGUUGGGAACCUAAUUCGAUUCUCAGCUAUCAAAUCAGCAUCUUCUCCAUCCAUCACAGCCAAACCCCUCAUUUUAACUACUUCUCCCAACUUUUUGUUCUCUUCUCUCUCCCAUUUCACCACCGACGCCUCCCUUCACAAUCACAACCGUUCAUCAGCGUCGCCAACACAGUAUGGCGGCCUAGGCCCCACCAAGCCCAAGGAGAAACCAAGGGUCGUCGUGUUGGGGUCGGGCUGGGCUGGCUGCCGCCUCAUGAAGGGCAUAGACACCAAGUUGUACGAUGUCGUUUGCGUAUCCCCCCGGAACCACAUGGUCUUCACCCCUCUGCUGGCUUCCACUUGUGUCGGCACCCUCGAGUUCAGGUCAGUGGCUGAACCCAUCGCCCGCAUCCAGCCUGCCAUUUCUAAGGAACCCGGAUCCUUCUACUUUCUCGCCAACUGCACUGGUCUCGAUACUCAUAACCAUUUGGUGCAUUGUCAGACCGUUACUGAUGGAUACACCAUGGAUCCACGGAAGUUCGAUAUCUCAUAUGACAAAUUGGUAAUUGCAUUAGGAGCAGAGGCCUCAACAUUUGGGAUCCAGGGUGUCAAAGAACAUGCAAUUUUUCUUCGGGAAGUUCACCAUGCUCAGGAAAUUCGGAGAAAGCUACUCCUGAACUUGAUGCUUUCUGAUGUACCUGGUAUUUCAGAAGAAGAGAAGAGAAGAUUGUUACAUUGUGUUGUUGUUGGAGGUGGCCCCACUGGAGUUGAAUUCAGUGGUGAACUUAGUGAUUUUAUCAUGAGAGAUGUUCGUCAAAGAUAUGCCCAUGUGAAAGAUUAUAUCCAUGUUACAUUGAUUGAGGCGAAUGAGAUAUUAUCUUCCUUUGAUGAUCGGCUCCGUCGUUAUGCUACUAAGCAGUUGACAAAGUCAGGUGUUCGCCUUGUCCGUGGGAUUGUCAAAGAUGUUGAGCCUCAGAAACUAAUUCUUAAUGAUGGCUCAGAGGUUCCAUAUGGUUUAUUGGUAUGGUCUACUGGUGUUGGACCCUCACCUCUAGUAAAAUCUCUGGACCUUCCAAAAUCUCCUGGUGGAAGGAUUGGUAUUGACGAGUGGCUACGAGUCCCUUCCGUGCAGGAUGUGUUUGCUAUUGGUGACUGCAGUGGCUUUCUUGAAAGCACUGGUAAAACAGUCCUUCCUGCUUUGGCUCAGGUUGCCGAACGGCAAGGAAAAUAUCUUUCAAUUCUCUUAAACAAAAUUGGUAGAGCUGGUGGGGGGCAUGCAUAUGGUGCUAAAGAUGUAGAAUUGGGGGAUCCAUUUGUUUACAGACAUCUGGGAAGCAUGGCAACCAUUGGCAGCUUCAAGGCUUUGGUUGAUCUUAGACAGAGCAAAGAGGCCAAAGGGAUUUCUCUGGCAGGAUUUAUCAGUUGGUUUGUAUGGCGCUCUGCAUAUCUAACACGUGUAAUAAGCUGGAGGAAUAGAUUCUAUGUGGCUAUUAACUGGGCCACAACUUUUGUGUUUGGUCGAGAUAUAAGCAGAAUAUAGAUCUGAAAAAAGGACGCAGGCAUGUAAUCUGAUUGUAGUUGCUUGUGCUCGUGUAACAUUUGAUCGUCAUUUCAAUGCCAUUGGUUUGUGGAGUACGUUGAAUAAGGGUAGGCUUCUUCUGUCGGGCUUAGACUCAAAAGUGCCAUGUUCCUUGUUGCAAAUUUGCUUUCUUUUGUCAUCCUCGUAUAAUGGCUACCCAUCGGUUUGUAAUAUCUUUCUCCCACGUGGCUGGUUUCUUUGGCUGGUUACGCUUUUAGAACGAAUUUAUAGAGAUUUUUCCCCUCGAGUUAUUAGCACACCCCUGGGCCUCUCCUCUCUCUAAAUUUGGUUCCAGAGAAUUAUGGGUUUUGCUGUUAAAUAAGUUAUCAACGUGAUUUGUUAACACAA